GUCAAAACAGCUGAUGGACGGCCACGCUGCUUUUUGUGCUCAUGCAGGACGCAUUGCUGACGAGCUGUGUCAUGACUAUCUUGCUCACGCGCUCAUUCGAAGAGGUUACAGCGACGCCAUUCCUCCGACAAUGUCCGAAGCGUAUCGUACGGCGGACGUCUCACGUAUCUUCAAGCUCCUUCAACCACUCGCCGACUGGUUCGAAGACUCGAGUCCGGAAGAGUUUCACGACUUGGUAACGCGUCUCCACGUUACGGUCGAUACUGCGUCUACAAAUUUUGUCGGUGUGGCAACGGAACUCUUUGCCGACGGGGACGGAUUUAUGGAGUUUUAUUUGAGAAGACAGCAAAGAGGAAACUUUUGGACGUUGACAACAAUUGGUGUACUAGUGUUGAUGGGAGGUCUACUGGCUGCUGCAAUUGCAUUUCGAAAGUAACGGUGCUGUUGUGUUGCGAGCUCUAUUGGCGUGCAAUUCUGCUGCGGAAUUGUAUGGCCUGCAAUGGUGGUUUCAUGCUACUUCUACGUUGCAGCUACACAGUACUGUUAAAAAACAUUAUUAUUAUUAUUAUUAUUAUUAUUAUUAUUAUUAUUAUUUGAAUUUACUAGAAUUCUUUGCACUGUAUCUGUUAUUUGAGUUUUAUUAUGUAUUUACACUAUCUGAUGCUAGUGAAGUAACUGUAAUUGCAGUACACAUUCUACGUUAGCUAGCGAGAGUUUCUAGAGAGUACAAGCUUUUUGAAUACUAAAUGCUACAAAUUUU